AUGGCGCGUAGGGCGCCGAGCGGGCGCGCCCCGGCCGUGGCUCCGGCUCCGUCCCGGCGGCUGGCAGGGAGGGUCCUCGUCCUCUUCACGCUGUCGCUGUCCUGCUCGUACCUGUGCUACAGCCUCCUGUGCUGCUGCGGCGGCCCCGCCGCGCCCCGCGCCCGCUGCCCGCCCGCCCGCGCCGCCGCCAAGAAACUUCUGCAGCAGCCGCGGCCGUGCGGACGGGCACCCCCGGCUCCGCCGGCCGGCAGCGCCCCGGGCCCGGCCCGCCCGGGCACCAAGCGCCUGCCGCGGGCCAUCGUGGUGGGCGUCAAGAAGGGCGGGACCCGCGCCGUGCUGGAGUUCAUCCGAGUGCACCCCGAGGUGCGCGCUCUGGGCACCGAGCCCCACUUCUUCGACAGGAACUACCACCGCGGGCUGGAGUGGUACAGGAGCCUGAUGCCCCGAACCCUGGACAGCCAGAUCACCGUGGAGAAGACCCCCAGCUACUUUGUCACCAAGGAGGCCCCACGGCGCAUCUUCAACAUGUCCCGGGACACGAAGCUGAUCGUGGUGGUGCGCAACCCGGUGACCAGGGCCAUCUCUGACUACACACAGACCCUCUCCAAGAAGCCAGACAUCCCCACCUUCGAGGGGCUGACCUUCCGCAACCGCAGCCUGGGGCUGGUGGACACGUCCUGGAACGCCAUCCGCAUCGGGAUGUACGCCGUGCACCUGCAGAGCUGGCUGCAGUACUUCCCCCUCUCCCAGAUCCACUUUGUCAGUGGCGAGAAGCUGAUCACGGACCCGGCAGGGGAGAUGGGCAAAGUCCAGGACUUCCUGGGCAUCAAACGGGUUAUCACAGACAAGCACUUCUACUUCAACAAGACGAAAGGCUUUCCGUGCCUGAAGAAGUCAGAGAGCAGCGGCUUGCCUCGCUGCCUGGGCAAGUCCAAGGGCAGGACUCACGUGCAGAUAGACCCCGAGGUGAUCGAGCAGCUUCGGGACUUUUAUAGACCUUAUAAUAUCAAAUUCUAUGAAACAGUCGGGCAGGACUUUAGGUGGGAGUAA